AAUGAGCGAUUUUGGAGUAAAAAUGGGAGAUUUUGGGUCAGUUCCUGAAGGAAAAGAUGAAGAAGUCCAUGAGGAGAUUUUGGAGGUGUUUGUGUGGAGAUUUUGAGGUAAAAAUGGGAGAUUUUGGGUUAAAAAUGGGAGAUUUUGGGUCAGUUUGUGAUAGAAAAGAUGGAGGACUACAUGAGGAGAUUUUGGAGGUGUUUGUGUGGAGAUUUUGAGGUAAAAAUGGGAGAUUUUGGGUCAGUUUCUAAUGGAAAAGAUGGAGGACAACAUAAGGGGAUUUUUGAGGCGUUUGUGUGGAGAUUUUGGGGUAAAAAUGAGAGAUUUUGGGGUAAAAAUGGGAGAUUUUGGGUCAGUUUCUGAUGGAAAAGAUGAAGAACUCCAUGAGGGGAUUUUGGAGGUGUUUGUGUGGAGAUUUUGAGGUAAAAAUGGGAGAUUUUGUGGUAAAAAUGGGAGAUUUUGGGUCAGUUUGUGAUGGAAAAGAUGGAGGACUACAUGAGGAGAUUUUGGAGAUGUUUGUGUGGUGGUUUUGGGGUUAAAAUGGGAGAUUUUGGGUCAGUUUGUGAUGGAAAAGAUGGAGGACUCCAUGAGGAGAUUUUGGAGGUGUUUGUGUGGAGAUUUUGAGAAUACCAUAGAGAGGAAGGAGAAGGCGCGCAGCCAUCACUUCCGGUCCCCGGCCGCGGCCUGGUCGGGCGGCGAAACCAUGGAGUUUCCCGGCGGCAAUGACAACUAUUUGGCCAUCACGGGGGCGGCCCAUCACUUCCUGACUGGAGCUGAGGUAGCGAUUUUGGGGUGAAAAAUGACGAUUUUGGGCAAAAAAAUAACGAUUUUUGGUCAUUUCUGGUUUCUUAACCCCUUUAGGUACCCUCCAGGCUCGGUUUUGAGGCAAAAAAUGGCGAU